AUGCCCCGCGCUGCAUCUGACAUUAUUCAAGAUCUUCGCCAACAAAACAGUGCAAAAAAGCGAAAGCAUGCCAUUCCAGAGUUUGUCAAAGCCUUGCGUCGUGAUAGCUUCCAGACGACAUGGGAAGCUGUUGGAGCAGCGUCAGGGCUUGCCGGCUUGAUGCGACUUUUAAGCAUACGCGACUUGCGACAGUUGUGCAAACGUUUAGGGAUGACAGCUUCAGCCCGAAAGGCGCGACCACAGAGGCGUGCAGGUCUUGGUGAACUGGUUAUCAUACUAUUCGAAGGGCAUCAAGACACCAGGCCUUUGAACCGUUACUAUCAGGACAUCGUUCCUGCUUGUGACCUCACUAUCAUACAGAGGUUCGAGCAGCCAUGGACCCCAUCCCAGCAGAGUUAUCUGCUAGCAGGCCAAAGAGAACACAACGAGAUCAUGUUCCUUGACGAGAUAUCGUCCGAGGACAUGUUACUUUCUCAACGCCAAUCCCUCUUCCGCGGCAAUAUCCCCUUUACGGAGAAGAUAUUGGCAACAAUCCUCACGAGCACUUUUUGCCCUCCGGAUUUGAUCGAUGAACUGGUCAUGCCAUCCCUCAAGCGUCUCCUCAAGAGCAGGUAUGACGACACGACACGAGACCAGUACCUUGACCUCGUCCUCCAAGUUAUCCGAAAACAUGACAAGAUUGCCGGGCAGCUUUCUCUCGAAAACGGUGGCCUUGUUCAGUACAUUGUUGAUCGAUGGUGCAACGCGCCAAGUGAGCGCAAGCAGAAACUGAGAUUAUUUUUGGAGCAAGCAAUCGAGUUGCUUCCGUCUACACCAAAGUCACGAGCAAAAGACUUCCAGCGUAUCCAGCAGGCGAUUUGUUCCACCAGACUAAGCUUCGAAGGGAGAUACGAGUUCUUUCGCCUGCUCCUCUUACACAUGAAAGAUUACCAAAUAGAUAUCGAGAGCAACUCAGAGAAGGAUCUGUAUCGUCUAAAACAAUUCCUCCAGUGGCCAUCUUUGCUUUUCUUCUCGAUGAGCUACCCAAUGUCUCUUCGCCUCUUUGAGAAGUUGGACAAAUUGUUCCCGCAGAAAGACUUUUUGGAUCCAGCAGCACGAAAGGGAACAAUCUUGAAUCAUUCUAUCAAACACAGUCCUUGCGGCGACGUGGAGGUGGUGAAAGCCUUGCUGAUCCGGAAAUCAAAGACGCAACGUGAUUAUCCAGACGUCACUGAUCUAGUCAUGGAGAGGAGGACAAAGGCGCAGCAAUCGCGGGAAGCUGUAGAGCGAGCAUAUUGGGCGAUAAGUGCGGUACACCUCUGCGUAGCAGCAGGGGAUUUGUCGACCUUGAAGGAAACUGUCGUGUGGUCGCGACGUUUUGUCAAGGAUUCCGCUGUUAGCUAUCGUCUCUUCAGUGGCGACGUCCUCAAGACGCAAGAAAUAGAGGAGCUUCUGGGUGCUAUGCCAGACGGGAACGUUGACUCGCCCGAGGCUGCUGCGGCUUUCACUUCAUCUCUGAGGAAGAGUGACAUUGACCUUGCAAACGAUAUUCUCAUUGAGCUGGUCCAUACGGCUACCAUGGCUGCCGGCGAGCCAGGAUUCCAGGCUAAUCAGUGGGCCUGGUUGUUUAUACUCGUCAAAUCCACGACAGAUAGGCGUUCCAGAAGACUUGAUAUUUUUUUCAAGAGUCUCUCAAAGUACACUGAUGGCGAGAGCUGCGAGAAGGAUUGGUUAGAGGCUGUAUGGAAGCCUACGAUUGAUGCUUUGAUACAAAUCGAGACUACCCUCCACGACUCACUCUACAAUACUCUGGUGCCUGUCUUGUACAGAGAUUACAUCAAAGGCAUAUAUCUCUACCAGCGCCUUGCAAACACUUCUAUUUCACCUCAUCUCCUUGCAGAGCUAACGCGCUUCCUCAUCGACCAGAUGAGAGCGCGGCUGGGGUCUGCGGGUUUGAAAGCACAAAUUCACAACGUUGUUUCUGCAAUUGAUCGCCUGGCGAACAGUGAGCCACAGCUUGCAUGUCCUUUUAUAAGCGACUUGAUCUUGGACGAUGACUUUAAGGAAGCCUCAUCUUGGCAUCGUCAGCUCAUGAGUCACAAGUUUUUAUCGGUUCUCCCUGCAAAAAAGGCAGAAGAGUUCCUCCGUACUAUGGCCAAUACCAUAACAGAAAGGAUGAGGGAGCAGAACCACAACUUUGAUUCGAAAGAAGCAAGAAGUGUGAAGGAAUCAGAUGGCUCCAUGGAGAGGAAAACUGUCAAAGUUACAACAGUCAAAAUGCUUGCCCAGAUCUUGCAACAUAAAAUCUUUAUCGAUCCUUCUUUGUCCUGCGAGAUUCUUAUCGGUCUUCUUUCUGAGGCACGGCAUAUCGACAUUCGUGUCGCUAUUACAGCCAGCCUCUUUGAUACAAUGGAGGAGCCAGAUUGCCCUCCCAGCAUACGGGAUCAGAUACUUUCUGCCCUCGAAGAUUUUGUUGUGCCAGUAGCGUCGAGACUUGACGAAAGACGUGACCUUGCCGAGUCUGACUGGACUGCGGUAGAGGAUAGUAUGAGUCUCCCCGUUGUUGGGGAGGACUGUCCUCUACUGGAUCUGUUGCUUGAGAAAACUCGGCUAUCAAAGCUGGAGGGUGCUGACAAGUUACGGCUUGCUCGACUUGUCAUGGCUACGUUGAAGAUGUCAGCUUUGUUGAACGAACGCUUCCUUCAUUUGUUCAUGGCAAGAAACAAUUUUUCUCUAGAGGAAGCAUUGCCUGGAAUGCCCGUUCACCUAGAAGCGCUUUCCGAGGCUUUUAUUCAUCUGAUGCCGUACAUUCCAUCCGUCGUCUUCCGAAUGGCAGAAGCAGCUGCAUUCACCCACAUCGAGCCAUCACCCGGGAUCAAAGCCAUCAGCAAGGCCAUUCAGGAAGAUCGCGAAUUAGUCAACUCAAACGCAGGCAAACACUGGCUUUCACAGUUCGCAAGGGACAGCCUGGAUCGCAACAUUAUUCAUGUACCGCGAUUAAUACAGCAAAAUUCGGAACAACUCGAUUCUAAAUUGGUCACCGACGGAGUCAACCGAGCAUCGCUUCUGCAAUUUAUACACGGUUGUAUAGAAAGGAUGAUGAGAGUGGAGAAGACAGGAGACAUUGUAUCUCUUGUAAGGAGGCUUUGUAGCGACCGGCUGAAGAGUCGAGAGUGGCAUAAAAAUUGCUUACCUGUCAUUGAGACAAUCAUUCGGAAGAUAAAGGAAGCUCAACCACAGUGCUUGUUUCUCAUAAAUUUGCACACUUUGCCACUCCCUCUACCUGAUGCAACAGAUGGAGAAGACCAGGCUUUCGUUGAGAAGCUCCACGGUGCUAUCCAAGGUCUCGCAGGCCGUCAGGGUUACCCAUAUCAUCCCGAUUUAGAGACACUCAAGCAGGAGAUCAACUACUGGCCUCUGCAUCAAUCGUAUGGACGAUUCGCACUCAAAUUAGCAGCAGUCCAGGACUACGAUUUUAAAUCGAUGGAGCAGCCAAGUCUUGCGGAUUAUCUAGGGUGGGAGAUUGUCGCGCACCUCCUCACGAAGGCGAGCGGUCCUCAAAGGGCAGCGAGGGAUGUCAAACGUUUGUUAGAGGAGUGGAAGACAUCUAAAGACAAGAUGAUCAAUGUAAUGGGUAUGGAUUUGUCAAGGGCAAUUCAACACAGAGAUUGGCUAGCUACGAACUAG